AAUGUGUAUGUACAUGUACAUAACACCCUACACCUCUUAAUAUACGGCAAAUUGAACGUGGUGGGCCUGCCAUGCUUCUACAUUACUCAUAAUCAUUACAGAAUAUCCUCAAAUUGUGACGGUGUGUAACUGAUAUACAGGACGUUUCUCUCGGUCUGUGGUUAACACUCAGUUCGUUUUGAUGGCAGUCUUCCGGAGUGUGCUCUGCGUUUUGUUUAUAGCAGGACACCUAUCCACAUGUGCCUAUGGGACUCCAAGUAGGCCCACCCCGUCUGUCAGUGUCGGGAAUACAAUUACAACGACCGUGACAACCCAAACCACGCCUGUGGCGACCACUACUGGCCCUACCACCACUGAGCCUGCCACCACCACUGGCCACACCACCACUGGCCACACCACCACUGGCCAUACAACUACUGGCCCCACCACCACCACUGGCACCACCACCACUGGCCCAGUCACCACUGCCGCCCCCGUCACCACUGCCAAUACCACGACCGCAAACACCACCAUUGCCCCUACCACCACCCAGCCAAUCACAACGGGGUCGCCGACGACCGUAGUGCCACCGCCCACCACGGUUGGGAACUGGACACUGAAAAACAAAAAGGGGAAAAACUGCAUGCGGAUGUCGUUUGCCGCCCAAAUGAAUGUGUCAUACACCAAAGUAGAUGGAACGGCAGGAACGGUUAUAAUGAACCUGAGUCCGAGAGAGGCUGUUGUCACCAGUACUUGUAAAAGUGGCAAGCCGUCUCGAGAUCUUGACGUGUACCCGUUCGCUACUGAUUACGAUUGGAGCUUCUCACUGUCCUUCGAGAAGACAUCGGGAGGUUAUGCUCUCACAAAGGUGUCGACAUCUUGGGACUACGACAGUCGUUUCGUCGACUCAUCACUUUUUGGUUUCUCGUCAGAAAGUUACGGGACCGAUAACCUUCUUGAUCAGUCGGUAGAGUUGGGGAAAUCUUACUCGUGCGUCGAACCACUCACAGUAUCCACUGGGUUAGCCACCGUGAUGCUGUGGGAUAUGAACCUGCAACCAUUUGCUGAAGAGGCCGACGGCAAUUUCGGAGAAGCGGAACCCUGUCAUGUUGCGGCGGCGAGUUUUGGAGGCAUCCUUGUAGCCGUUUUGGGCGUCUUUUUACUCCUCGGUGCUGUUACUCUGGUAGUUGUCAUUGUGGUGAAGAAACGAAAGAGGUCAGCCGCAGCACCUUACACAACCUUGACAGCUUAAAGGAUGUGGGUACUUUUUGUAACACAAUACACAAUGUCCACAGAUUUACGUUGAACUUACACCGUUUGAAGAUAAU